AUGGUUAAACCAUCAUCAUCAUCAGGUGCUAGUGUUGGUAGUUCUGUAGCAAAGAAAACAACAACACCUAAAUCAGCAUCUCGACCAGCACCAUCAUCAUCAACCAAAAAAGUAAUUAAAAAAGAAGAAUCAAAUAAUAAUAAGAAAAAGGUAUUAGAAAGAGAAGCAUUAGAUGAUGUUAUAUCAUCAGAUGAAGAAGAUGAUGGUAUAGAUAAAGUUGAAAACUCUAAACUCGAUGAAAAUACAACAUUUGAUCAAUUGGGAAUGCAUCCACAAAUCAUAGAGGCAUGUGUUAGAAUGGGCUUCAAGAAACCAACUGAAAUUCAAAGAGAAUCUAUACCACAUGCUAUCGCCGGUAGAGAUAUUAUAGGUCUUGCUCAAACUGGUUCAGGUAAAACUGCUGCCUUUGCCAUUCCAAUCCUUCAACAAUUAUUACAAUCUCCACAACCUUUAUUUGCUUUAAUUUUAUCACCAACUAGAGAAUUAGCAUUCCAAAUUUCACAACAAUUUGAAGCAUUGGGAGCAGUGAUUGGAGUUAAAUGUGGAGUAUUGGUAGGAGGUAUGGAUGUAAUGCAACAGGCAAUGGUAUUGGCAAGAAAACCACAUAUUAUAGUUGGCACACCGGGUCGUGUCAUGUAUCAUCUAGAGAAUACAAAGGGGUUCCAUUUAAAGGCACUCAAGUUUUUGGUGAUGGAUGAAGCCGAUCGUCUCCUGAGUAUGGAUUUUGAAGAGGAAAUUAACAAGAUCUUAAAAGUCAUUCCAAAGAAUAGAAAUACCUACCUCUUUUCAGCUACCAUGACAUCAAAGGUUGCUAAACUCCAAAAGGCAUCGCUGGUCAACCCCAUCAAGGUGCAAGUCGCCAGCACCAAAUACUCUACGGUCGACACACUUGUCCAACAAUAUUGUUUCAUUCCAUACCAACACAAAGACUGUUACCUCACCUAUAUCCUCAACGAGCUGUCUGGCAACUCUGCCAUUGUUUUUGUGGCUACUUGUGCCGCUUCCAACCGUCUUUCAGUGAUGCUACGUAAUCUUGGAUUGGGAGCUAUCCCAAUCAACGGAAAUAUGGAUCAAACCAAACGUCUUGCUUCACUCAACAAGUUCAAGUCAUCGGUCAAAAAUAUCUUGGUCGCUACCGAUGUUGCUGCUCGUGGUCUCGAUAUUCCAAGUGUAGGUCUCGUCGUCAACUAUGAUAUUCCAGUCAAUAGUAAAGAGUAUGUUCAUCGUGUCGGUCGUACUGCCCGUGCCGGUCAAUCUGGUCGUGCCAUCACCCUCGUUACCCAAUACGAUGUCGAAGUGUACCAACGUAUCGAAUUUGCCCUCUCUAAAAAGUUGGAGGAAUUCCCAAGUGAGUCGUCUAGCGUCCUUGUUUUCCUCGAAGCCGUCAACGAAGCUGCACGUCUUGCCAGCCUCGAAGUUAAAGAAGAUACCAGAGUUAUGGAAGAUUCAGAAAGAACUGGUUCUGCCUAUUUAAAAAAGAAAUCAGUAAACAAAAAGGAAGUUAAAAAGAAAAAGAAAUAUUAA